AUGGAAGACAUCAAGCUGAAGAGCAUCAAGGAAGUAGACACCUUAAUCCAGACUGUAAGAAUUGUAUCUGGGGGUAUCAGGAUGGAGUUUGAAAUAGAAAAUGUGCUUUGGUCAACAUACAAAAAGGCAAAGUGGGUCAUACGUCCUUUGGGCAGAGGAUCUGUUGCCCAGCAACAACGAAACAUCUCUCACGUUCAGCCCAGAUGGAGUCUGAUGCCCCGAAAUUCCGAUUUCCCCACAAUCCAGCCAAGUCCCAAGAAAGGUCGAUCUAACUAUGUCUCGUGUGGCGACCAUAGUCUUGAACCAGGCCAAAACAGUCAGCAUCCAAUCGAGGAUUUCCCAGAAAAUAUCCAAGGAAUGAAUACUGUAGCUGGACUUUCCAGGUACUGCGGGAGAAAUGAUGGACUGACAACAGCGAGCAGUACUAAUUACAUGGGAAUUCUCUUUAGAACUGGGAGCAGUCGAAGACGAGGGAGAGGUUUCUCCUGCACAGUGUCUGCCUCAGGUGAAGAUAACUAUCGUUUUACUUCUGGCAUUAGACAAGAAUUUAUCUUCUACUCUUUUUACAAUAAAAAACGACCCAAAUGGAAAGGACAGUCAUUAGUUGUUCCGGUUGCUCUUAAACACAAGUGCCAACAACAGCAAGCACCAAAGCGCCUGCCCCUUCAACGAGCUCAGGUUCUGCUGCAACAGAAGCAACGUCUUGUGGUAAAGAAAUUGUUACAACCUCGAGUCAAACCUUGUGGUACGGUGAACCGUGCCACGCGAAUAGUUGGUGGAGUGGAGACUGAAGUCAAUGAAUACCCUUGGCAGGCAGCUCUUGUUUAUGCUGGAACAAACAUAGUCUUUUGCGGCGGCUCUUUGCUCAACGAUGAACUUGUAUUCACGGCAGGACAUUGUAUCGAUGCGAUUCUACACGACGUUCCAGACUUCAUUGUUGACAGCUUCGAUGAGGGUAUUGAACCUACAUCAGAUGAGGAAGUGAUCUAUUCUCAGUUUGAGAAGAACAUGUCCAAAUAUCCCACACGGCUAGGCAUAGCUGACGUUGGUUCGUACUAUCUUUAUGAUUCAUCAACAAUGGAUCAUGACAUUGGGCUUAUUUGGCUUUCAUCUCCUGUAACACUUAGUGAAAGGGUGAAGCCUGUUUGCCUUCCAGAUGUUUCCAAAAACUACAGUGGCUUCAAGGCUGUGACAUCAGGCUGGGGCUCACUGACCGAAGGUGGUUCUUCUCCAGAUAUCCUUAAUGAAGUGGACGUGCCAGUAAUAACCAAUGAAGCCUGUAAUGCAAGCUAUGACGGUGCAAUAACAAGCAACAUGAUUUGUGCAGGGUAUCCUAGCGGGGGCAAAGAUGCUUGUCAGGGUGAUUCCGGUGGACCUCUCGUAGUGGAAGACAAUGGCAGAUGGGUCUUAGUCGGUAUUACAUCAUGGGGCAAUGGGUGCGCUAGACCAAACUACCCAGGAGUUUAUGCCAGAGUUACUCAGUAUGUGUCAGCCUUAUUAGACGUCAUGGGGCAAUAUGGUGCAAAUACUCUAUGUAAUGGUACAAUAGCACCAACACCAAUACAAACUUCAGCAGCAACACCAGUAAGAACAACACUAGCACCAACGAAUGGUCCAUCUCCUCCUCCUACCCCUCCCCCUCCUUCUGACAGCUGCAAAUGUGGCCGACGAAACCCUGUGACAAGAAUUGUUGGAGGUCAGCCAACAACAGUACAUGAGUAUCCUUGGCAAGUAGCAUUAACAACGUCAACUAGACCGUUCUGUGGAGGGUCUAUUAUUUCCAAACAGUGGAUCCUGACAGCUGCCCAUUGCGUCAGUGGAAGCAGCCCAUCUGAUUUCACUGUCGUUAUUGGGGAACAUGACUGGAGCACUACCUCAGAAACGACUUCAACAGAACGUCGCCAGGUAUCAAAUAUCAUCGUCCAUUCUCAAUACGACUCUACCACCUUAGAUAAUGACAUGGCAUUGUUAAAACUUUCCUCCCCAAUAUCCUUCCCACUGGACAACAAGAUUGCUCCAGUGUGCCUGCCAGAUCCAAAUAAUGAUUAUGCUAAUGUAGAUGCCAUUGUAACAGGAUGGGGAACGACCUCCUCAGGUGGUAGUCAACCGUAUGAAUUGUACGAGGUAACAGUGCCAACGAUGACUAACAGCAAGUGCAGCCAGGCAUAUAGUGGAGAAAUUACAAGUAACAUGAUCUGUGCCGGGCUGGAUGCAGGAGGAAAAGAUUCUUGUCAGGGAGACUCAGGCGGCCCAAUGGUGACAGCAGGCAACGCAGCUCAGACUUUCAUGAUCCAGAUCGGAGUGGUCUCCUGGGGCUAUGGAUGUGCAGCCGCUGGAAAUCCGGGGGUGUACGCCCGGGUGAACAAUUACCUCUCAUGGAUAUCUUCAAAUACAGCAGGCUCCGAAACUUGCCCAAGGCCAUAACCGGCAUCCACAUUUUGAAAAAAAAAAAAAAAAAAAUCCAACAUUCCGUUCAAAGUAAAGGUUUCUUAUUGGGAUCCUAAAACUCACAAA